CUUGGACCUACAUUUCAUAUACCAUGGAUGAUGAGACUGCUGAAAUCGAGCUGCUUGAGCAGAACCUCAACAAGACUAGGCAAAUAUCACAGCGUAUGACUUCGAUCCUAUCCAGCUUCGAUACUCGACUGGUAAAACUUGAGAAGUCUAUCCUCCCGCUCUACACCUCCACACAGCUGCUCACGAGAAGAGCGAACAAUAUCGACAAUACAUUGCAGAAGAUUGACGAGAUCGCGAGCUACCAUGAAGGCGUUGCAGCGGAGGAGGCCCUGAUCUUACGAGGUCCUCAACCAAACCAACUCACUGCAUACACUGAGGUGCUGGAGCGUAUGAACGCGAGCGUCGCAUUCAACAGCGCAGACUCCCGGGACAAAGCGCGUCUCGUAGAAAGCGGCGCGAAGAAGCUCAUUCAGCUGUACACGAAGCUUGUCGCGGAAGGGUCGUCGGGCGUACCACCCGGCGGCGCCGAGUUCUCGUCCAUACCGUUCCCCGCGCAUCUCCUUACGACCCUUCGUCCGCUUGUCGCUUUCCUCCGUACGCUCCCACUACCCGCGACGUACCCAUCGCAUCCGGCUGCGCCUGGGAUACAAUCCGCAUUAAAGGAUGCACAGAAGGGGUAUGGCGAUAUGCGUGGAGCUUGGGUGCGGAAGUGCCUGGAGACGUUCGGGAAGCGGUUGGUCGAUAGGGCGGAGACUAUCGACGGCGUUGCUGCAGGUCAGGAGGUGGGCAGGUGGACUGAGAAUAUGCUCAGUGUCGCAGAGGAAGAGUACGACCUCCUACUCGAACUCGCUCCGCUGAACGCCCCGAACGCCCUUAGCUCAACAUACGCCACCCUCAUCUCUCCACUCACCUCUCUCUUCACCUCCACACUCGGGUCGCUCGGUUCCCUGAUCAAGCGCAACCUGAAUAGGAAUACCUUCUUUGCGCUGUCCGCUUACUCCUCGCUAACUUCGCUAGGAGCGCGGUGGAGCGACGUCAUGACGCGGCGAGCAGAUCGCAAGGAGAACGAACUGAAGGACGGCCUCCAUUCCAUUCGCGCGUCGUGCCUGCGUAGUUUCCCCGAGGUCUUGGCCGAUAUCCGGAUGGCAGGUUUGGGGAAAGGCGGAGAGAUCGGGACUGGGCUCGCAGAGUUCACAAUAUCGACCGUCCAGUACCUCGAGCGAUUAUUGGCAGUGCGCGAUGCUGCGGCGUCGGCGCUUCUGACCCUUGGUGACGGCAACUGGAAGAUGGGCGAGGGGACGCAGGUGGGCAAGACGAAGGCUGCCGACGUCGACGAGCAAACCGUGCUCGAACAUUUCACAUACGACGUCGUCAACGCCGUGAUCCAGUCUCUGAUUUCGCUCUCGCGGACGAGCAAGCGCCCCGCGUUCGGCGCGAUCUUCCUGCUCAAUAACGUCUCCUUCCUCCGCACGCAGCUCCUCGUUGAGCGCUCGGACGUGGCCGCGAUCCUCUCGCGCCCGUCGCAGGACCUGCUCAACUCCAACUUCCGCAUCGCCAAAGCGGGCUACUUCGAGGCCAACUUCUCGCCGCUCCUCCAGACGCUCAUCGACGAGAAGGACAAGGGCAAGAGCGCGGUCAAGGAGAAAUUCACCCGGUUCUUCGAUCUGCUCGACGAGGUCACGGAGCGGCACCAGAUGGCGCGGGUGCUCGUGGACGACCCGGAUGGGCGGGCGACGGUUGCGGACGAGGCUGUCAAGCUCGUCGUGCCGUCGUUGCAGAGGUUUAUUCAGCGGAAUCUCGGGAAGGAGUUCAGCAAGAACCCACAGAAGUACAUCAAGAUGCCUCCUGAGGAUGUCGAGAACUUGAUCAAGGGGUUCUAUACCGGUGGCACAAGCACACUGCCAUUGCCUCCACCACAGGAGAAGCUCACUAACACCCUAUUACAACAAGCUGGAUGGGGCUGGUAGUUAUUAGAGUAUAUCAUCACGGCUAGGUCAACGUGUACAACAUCUGCGGAGCUCAUUGUGAUUCAUCGUCUGAAACGUUCUUGUCAUUGUUGCUAGGCCCCCAAUAGGAUUCGCCAUAGUCGAGCAGGAGCUCUCGGCCUUUCUUCACAAGUUUUUUCCCGGUCGUGAAAUAUAUCUUGACAUCUCCAUCAACAUUAAUUUCCUCCGCUGCUGCAUUGGGUUUAGUGCCUUUUGGGGGAUGAUUCAAGCACCGAGUAGGGUCCCCAACUGUGGCAGCAUCAAGGACAGAGUCCUGAUCACCGUUGAGACCAAACAGAUAAUUCAACCCCCUAUGCUGGAAGACCAUUUUUUGUGCUUCGUCUGCCCUAUCCCUUGCGCGCUGAGUUAGAGGCAUGGUGAAGUACUCUCCAAUAUACUCCCCAAGUAGGCUCUCUUUGGGAAUAUCACUGGUAGCAAAGGUUCCUAACCCAAAUGAACCCUGAUAAACCGCAAGCUUCU